AUGACUAUACUAACAGCUGAUGGCAAAGUUCUCCAUGGACAUGGUAUUGGAACCAUCACACCAGCAGUAGAUGACAUGGGCCCUGUGAAAGCUGAUGUCCUACUCUACAUUAAAGGAAGUUUAUGUAUACUUGGUACAGAUUUGGCAGAAAUUGAUAAUUUUGCUAGAAUUUUAAAAGUUCUUGACAAAAGAUGUCUAUUGCAUAUUUGUUUCCAAGCCCUCAUUGACCAUGGGACAAGAGUGAAUGAAAUCCUUGCUGAUGAAUUUUGUCAACGCAAUCAUCCAUCAGCUCAUAGCUGUGAAAGUGACAGGAACAAAGCAAUUCAGCUGGGAACUUCUCUUGCGGGUUUUUUCAAUGAGGCAGGCUGGUUCAGCAGUGAAAAAGUCAAUCACACAUCUUUAAAGUUAUUACUUCAUGUUCAGAAUUGCAGUUGUAAAUAUAAAGAAGCUAACCAGACAUACAAAGAGGCCUUCAGGAUAUUAACCUUACUUGAAGAAGCCCAAGUUCCUGUGAACAAAGCAAUGUUGUAUGGCGAGUGCUGUGGCCUCUUAUUUGCUGAAAGCCAAUAUGAACAGGCUUAUGAAUAUUGUAAUUUAGCAGUUGAACAACUUUCACCAAAUUUACCUCCAAGAACAAUUGUUGAUGUUCUCCGACAGUGUUCAAAGGCCUGUGUGGUCAAAAGAGAAUUUAAAAAAGCUGAUCAAUUAAUAAAAAGUGCUGUCCACUAUGCUCGAGAACAUUUUGGAAAACGGCAUCCCAAAUAUGCUGAUACUUUACAGGAUUAUGGUUUUUACUUAUUAAAUGUAGAUUCUGUUGCAGCAUCUGUGAAAGUGUAUCAGAUGGCAUUGGAUAUUCGCCAAGCUGUGUUUGGAGGAAAUAACUUUCAUGUGGCUAUUGCUAAUGAAGAUCUUGCCUAUGCUUCAUAUGUGCAUGAAUACAGUUCAGGACAUUUCAGAAAUGCACAGAACCAUGCUGAAAAGGCCAUUGAAAUUUUAUCACGGAUUUUACCCAAUGAUCACUUACUUUUAUCUUCAUCAAAACGAGUAAAAGCUUUGAUUCUUGAAGAAAUUGCUAUUGACAAUGAAGACAAGAGUGUACGAGAACCAUUAUUGCGUGAAGCCAGAGAACUGCAUGUCCAAUCCCUGACACUUGCCAUCAAUGCAUUUGGAGAGAGCAACGUGCAGACAGCCAAACAUUAUGGCAACUUGGGCCGUCUUUAUCAAUCAAUGCAUGAAUUUAAGCAAGCUGAAGCUCAUCAUUUGAAGGCCAUUGAAAUUAAGGAAAGAUUAUUGGGACCAGAAGAUUAUGAAGUGGCUCUGUCAGUUGGCCAUCUUGCAUCAUUGUAUAAUUAUGAUAUGGAAUAUCAUACUGAGGCAGAAAGUUUAUACAAAAGAUCUAUUGAAAUUGGCAAAAAAUUGUUUGGUGCUGGAUACAGUGGACUUGAGUAUGAUUAUCGGGGAUUGUUACACUUGUACCACAGUCGACGAGAUAUGGAGAAUAUGAUGGAGUACAGCCACAUUUUGCAGGACUGGAAUAGGAUUCGUGAUCGAACGAAUGCUGUGGAAGUUAAGCCAUUAGACUUUUCACUGGACUUCUCAAUACAAGAUCUUCAUAAAAAUCUUUUCAAUUCAGAUAUAAACGUUACCCGGUGA